CUCGCCGAUAGGCGUAGCUAACUCUGGUAACGUCAUUUGUUUAUCUGUCAACAUCGGCCGGUUACGCGGACAGAUAGCCUUUCAUAAAUAAGUAAUUAAAUAACUAGCUCUAAAAUAAUGGAAUAUUUUAGCAGUGAUGAUAGCUAUAUGGAAUUAUUUCAAAUUAUAAUAGAUUGUGAUGAAAGCAGUGACAGUGAUACCGAGAACAUACCGUUACCGAAGGAAUAUAAACCACGUGUGAAUUAUAUGACAAAAUUAAAUGAUUACGAAUUUGCUUAUAGAUUUAGACUGAGUAAAAGUGCUGUGAAUCAGUUAAUUGAUUUGAUACAACCAUAUUUAAGUGUCACAUCCAAAAGAAAUCAUGGCAUAUCUGCCCUUCAUCAGAUACUUUUGGCUCUACGAUUCUAUGCAUCGGGUACCAUGCUGGUGUCCGUUGCAGAUUUUAUUGGAGUAUCUAUAGCAUCUGCUAGUCGUAUUGUCUCUGAUGUGUCUAGAGCCAUAGCAAGAUUGUACUCAAACUUUAUUGUGCUACAAAAUCACACUCAACAAGAGUUUUAUAACAUUGCUGGAUUUCCUAGAGUACAUGGAGCCAUAGAUGGCACCCAUAUAUUAAUACAAUCACCAAAUUCAAAUAUAGGCGAAGAGUUCAGAAACAGAAAAGGAACAUUCUCUAUCAAUGUGCAAGUUGUGUGUAAUAACUCUCUAGAGUUUCUAAAUGUUGUUGCCCGAUGGCCAGGAUCCACUCAUGAUGCAACUAUAUUUAACCACUCUAAUUUAAAAGAUUCGUGUGAACAAGGUUUACUCGGAAAUCGUUGGCUGCUUGGUGACAGUGGCUAUCUGUGUAAGCCCUAUCUAUUGACACCUCUACUCAACCCCAAUACUCCAUCAGAGCAACGAUAUAAUGAAGCGCAUAUUAAAACAAGAAAUACUAUAGAAAGAUGCAUUGGCGUUUGGAAAAGAAGAUUCCCCAUACUGUUCUUAAAAAUGAGGCUUAAAUUAGAAAAUAUUUAAGCAGUUAUUAUAGCCACUGCCGUUUUACACAACAUUGCCAGAAAUUUGAAUUUGGAAGAAAUAGAGCCAGAAAUAUCAAUUCCGGAUACCAUACAGGAUGAAAAUGUAAUUGUUAAUGACAAUUCUCCUUCUUUAAAUACAUCAGAACGACAAUUGCUAAUAAAUAAUUACUUUCAUGUGUAAAAUAAAUAAGAUAAAUACA